AUGCUGCUUGAGCUGGCCGCCGAAGUUUCCGAAUUUCUACCGGCAAGUCUACCAGAUCAAGACCUUUCAGCCUACCGCGCAGUGGCAAAGAAGUAUGCUCAGCUUGUGCCAAAAGAGAAGCUUUGCGAAGCAAGGGGACGGGCCUGCUUCGCGCAGCGCAAGAAACGUGAAAAGAAACAACGCAAAACUCUGCCUCCUGGGACGUCAGUGCAUUACUCGAGUUUCAUCGGCCCAUACUUCUACAAGAGCGCGGGCAGUAUCUUUUAUUGUUGGUGGGAAUCUUGCGGCUUUAUUUUUUCCUUUGAGCAAGAUCUUUGUCAUGACUGCUGGACCCCAUAUUAG